AUUAGAUUAUUAUUUCGUAAGAAUAAUUUCGUAAAUAUUUAGUGAGUAUAAGCAUUAGAAAUAUUUAAAAAUGUCAGACGAAACAAUUACGUCUAUGAAUGAUCAGGUAAUUAAAAUUGAACCACCAGAAUAUUCAGCAGAAGACAUUGAAAGCAAAAAUGAUGAUGAAUUUGAUGAUCUUGAUGCUAUUGUUAAAUCUGAAUCGUGUUCUAAGGAUAAUGAUGCAUGUUUAGAAAGAUUCAUGAACUCCGAGGUGACAAUUGAAAAUGAAAUCAAACAGGAGUCUUUUGAUUGUGACAUUUGUAAUCAAUCAUUUGCAGAUUACCAUCAUCUAACAAAACACAUAGUUGAUCACAAGCCUAGUCAUAGCAAAGAACGCCUUUACAAAUGUGAAAUCUGUCAAAAGACUUUCAAUCAAUUACGUGUUUUGAAAAAUCACAUGACCAUUCACACUGUUGAGCGUCCACAUAAAUGCAGUGAAUGCAAUAAGUCAUUCACUCACUUACGCUAUCUGAAAAGUCACAUGUUCACCCAUAGUGGUGAGCGUCCCUAUGAGUGCAAUAUAUGCAAGAAGACGUUCACACUAAAAUCUUAUCUGAAAACUCACAUCCUCAUUCAUAGUGGUGAGCGUCCUCAUAAGUGCAAUAUAUGCUAUAAGACGUUUAUAACUACAAGUCAUCUGAAAGAGCACAUGCCUAUUCACAGUGAUGAGCGACACUAUGAAUGCAGUAUAUGUAAUAAGACAUUCACGCAUUCACGUAGUCUGAAAAAUCACAUGCUGAUACACAAUGAAGAACGUCCUCAUGAAUGCAAUGUAUGCAAUAGGACUUUCAGACAUUUAAAUAGUCUGAACAGACACAUGAUUAUUCACAGUGGUGAGCGCCCCCAUAAAUGCAAUAUUUGUAAUAAGGCAUUCUCACUUCCUUACCACCUGAAGAAACACAUGGUCACUCACAAUGGUGAGCGACUACAUGAGUGUAAUAUAUGCAAGAAGACCUUUACAGAAUCAGGUAAUCUGAAAAAACACAUGCUGCUACACAAGGAGAGCGCUGCUUUGAAUGCAACAUAGCAAUAGGACAUUCACGCAAUUAAGUAACUUGAAGAAUCACAUGCUGGUAUACGAAGAGAUACGUCCCCAUGCAUGCAAUAUAUGCAAAAAGGCAUUCACACAAUCCUAUAAUCUGAAACAACACAUGCUCAUUCACAGCGAUGAGCGCCCCCACCGAAUGCACUAUUUGUAACAAGACAUUCAGACAUCCGAGUAAUCUGAAAAAUCACAUGCUGAUUCAAAAUGGAGAGCGUCCUUACAAAUGUGAAAUAUGCGAUAAAGCAUUUACACAAACUACCGAUUUAAAGAGACA